AUGGGCUACGAAGCAAACAAGUACCGGUCCUGGCUACCAGACUUUUUCAAAAGGUCGACGCAGGACGAUGCCACGCCCGACGAACGAACAUCACUUCUUCCGGAUUCGCGGCAUGAGGAGUGGUCUACGGGUGAAACGUACGAGCUCGAGGAUGGACAGGCGUCCAAGACCCAACUCGUCCUCCAAGAGUUUUGGAUCCUGCUCAAAGGAUCACUGCCAGUGGUCGUAGCAUACGCGCUGCAAAACUCGCUGCAAACAGUAUCUGUCCUCAUUGUCGGCCGCCUCUCACCAGAGGCAUUGGCUACCGCUGCCUUCUCGUACAUGUUCGCCAUGGCGACUGGUUGGCUCGUCGCUCUUGGUGGCACGACCGCGAUCGACACACUGGCGUCUGCCAGCUUCACAGGCAGCAAGAACCCGCAUGACCUAGGUAUUAUUCUCCAACGAGCGUACGUCAUGCUCCUGCUCUUCUACAUACCGAUCGCUAUCGUGUGGUUCUGCUCUGAGCCACUCUUCAAAGCUCUCGGUCAAGAAGACUACAUAGCUCGAGACUCGGCGAGAUUCCUUUCCGUGCUCGCUCCAGGUGGUAUUGGUUACAUAUAUUUUGAAGCAUUAAAGAAAUACAUGCAGGCCCAGGAAAUCAUGAGACCUGGAACAUAUGUCCUCCUCAUUACCUCUCCCCUCAGCGCCGGCUUAAAUUACCUCUUCGUAUACACCUUCAAGAUGGGACUACUCGGCGCUCCACUUGCAACCGGCAUUGCAUACUGGGCAUCCUUCCUUUUGCUGCUCGCAUAUGCGCGCUUCGUUGACGGGUGGCAGUGCUGGGGAGGCUGGGAUCGCAAGUGCCUGCAGAACCUUUGGACUUUCUCCCGACUUGCUCUCCUAGGCGUGAUACACGUCGGUACAGAAUGGUGGGCAUUUGAGAUUGUUGCGCUUGUAGCAGGAAAGCUCGGCACUAUACCACUGGCUGCGCAGAGUGUUAUCAUGACUACAGAUCAAGUCAUGAACACCAUUCCCUUCGGAGUUGGUGUUGCUACCUCGUCGCGUGUCGGAAACCUUCUCGGCGCAAGGAACGCCAAAGGCGCAGCUAGAGCUGCCAACACAGCCGCCGUCCUCAGCAUGUUACUCGGCGCACUUGUGCUGGCCGUUCUUAUGGGAGUCAAAGACUUCUAUGCCAAGAUCUUCAACGACGACGUGGAAGUCAUCAAGCUCACUGCAAAAGUAAUGCCCUACGUCGCGCUCUUUCAAAUCGCAGACGGACUCAAUGGCAGUUGUGGCGGAGCUCUCAGAGGCAUGGGCAGGCAACAUAUUGGAGCAACGGUAAACAUUGUUAGCUACUACUGCGGAGCUUUGCCAUUGGGCAUCUGGCUUGCUUUCCACGGCUGGGGCCUCGGCGGUUUGUGGGUCGGUCAAUGCAUCGCGUUGUACCUUGUCGGAUUUGCAGAAUGGGCGAUUGUUGCUUGGAGUAACUGGGAUUACCAGGUCAAGAAAGCUUUCGAAAGAAUGGAUUCAGAUGACAGGGCAGAGUUGGGCGUUCCUCCAGAGGAAGCUGCGCCGGUACACAGGUAG